AUUUGGAUGCAGUUGCAGUAUUGGAUUGGAUUUCCUAUUGCUAUUGUAAAAUGUAUUUGCAAUUUAGUUGUUGAUUCAAGAAUUAAAUUGAUGUAAAAUCCAGCAAAGGCACCUUGUUGCAAAUAGACUCAUUAUCACUUUUCAAGAUGAUGGCUGGAAAAGUACUCCCAGAAACAGAGGAACAGAAUAGAAUACGAUUUCAGAUAGAACUGGAAUUUGUGCAGUGUCUGGCGAACCCAAAUUACAUUCAUUUUCUAGCUCAGCGAGGAUAUCUGAAAGAGCAGACGUUUGUGAACUACCUGCGGUACCUUCAGUACUGGCGCGAGCCGGAGUACGCCAAGUACCUCAAGUAUCCAAUGUGUCUUCAUUUCUUGGAACUGCUUCAGCAUGAAGCAUUCAGAAGAGAAUGUGUUUCAGCGCAGGUGUGCAAGUUCAUGGACGACCAAGCGAUCCUGCUGUGGCAGCACUACACGCGGCGUCGCACGCGCACGCUGCAGCCGCCCGACGCGCCGCCGCCGCCCGCGCCCCCCGCCGCCCUCUCCGGGGCCCCGCGCCAGCAGUCCUAGAUCUAGUACGAUGAGCUCGGUGACCAAUCAGUCCUAGAUCUAGUACGAUGAGCUCGGUGACCAAUCAGUCCUAGAUCUAG